AUAUUCGAAAUGAUUUUAAGCCCGAAUACGCUGUUAAUGUGGGCCUAUGGUGUGGGAUUCUUUGAUCUACUCAGCGCCGUGCUCUUUUCUAUGGUCAGUUUUAAGACGAUCUGCAAUCGCUUAAGUUGGCUGACAAUUUUUGCGGUUGUUUUUGGCCUUUUCUGGGUAUCGAUGAUACUGAUGCUCCUGGUCGGCAUUCAUGGGCGCAAUCCCAAAUGUGUGCGUGCCUGGAUUAUCUUCUCCUGCCUUGGAAUCCUGGUGGAGAUGUUCCUGAUUUUGUAUGCCGUUUUCACCGAGAGCUCUUUCCAAAUUGGUCUGGUCAAAAAUGGAUUGUUGCUGAUGCUGGGAUUGUGUAUUGAGUGCAGUUUUCUAUACAUAGUUUACCGAUUUUAUGUAACUUUGGCAUUUUGCCAGGCCUGUCACAAAACUAUACAGUCAAAAGUGGUUCAACAACAUCUUACAGAACCGUCUCAAGACUCCAAUCACCAAAGACAAAAACAAGCCAGAGAUCAGCACAAUAAUCGUUUCCAAAUCCAAAAUCCCAAAGGAAAAAUUGUUCAAAACACACCAUCACAUCCCAGGAAGCUGAGUUUUCUUCAAACUUCUAAUAGCAAUCUAUCGCCAUAAAGU